AUGAUGCUCAUCGAGGGCGCCCAGGGCGCCGUCGUCGUCACCGGCGAUAUCAAAGCCGAACCGUGGUGGGUAGAACUGCUACGACGGAACCCGUUACUCACACCCUACCGCUUAGGCACGCGCCGGUUGCUCAACGUGUAUUUCGACCUGACGUUCAUGUACCGCGGCGAGCCUUACCUCGACCUUGCGCCGAACGCCGACGCCACCGAUCUCGUGGUAUCGGCGCUCAAACAGUAUCCCAUGGACGACGCCGACGUCGCCUUCGGUUUAGGAGUGCUGACGCUCGGCGCCGACGAAGUGGUGGCGGCAGCAGCGGCGCUGUUUGGCGGUAAAGUGUAUACUCCCCACGCCCACCAUAUCGAGCGCACCAGCGCUAUAGGCAACGACUACCACAGCGCCGUCGCCUACGCGCCCAUCCUCGCACAAACAAUCACCCCGGAGUAUACCGGAAGAGGACCAUGGUUCUUUUUAGGAGCCACACCCCCAGUGAAGUUCCCCGUCGCCAUCCACUUACCAAUCCACUUAUCAGCCGAUGAAACCGAGGGAUUUCACCGUCCCGUACCGAUAGCGGAACUAACAGCGUCAGAGCUCCGUUCUGAGCUCUCAGUAGUGGACCACACUGCCAACGGCCACCGCGUGUGUCGCUAUAAACAGCGGUUGUGGCUCUGGCGCCAAGGCGGGCUCGAGCUUCUACCACAAACCAUCACCGCGUGUUUCUCGCGCCACGCCACCUACUCGGAGAUAUACCACCUUAUCUCCACGCUAAACCCGAUCGAGGUGUUUGGGUGUGCCACUUUCAGUCCAAAUUUGCUUAAACGGCUGUGGCUCGCGGGCGGGUCCAUGGCGCGUCUUUUUGGCCCCGCGUGUCAGGGGGAAACGUUUCAUUAUGACACGCUCAUGUUUCAGGCAUUUGGACGCCCUCUAGACCACAAAUUGACUCCCCCAACCACCGUUGACCGGUGGGGAAAUGUCACAUCUUCAAAGCUGCAAUUGCCUUCAGAAGUGGGAGCAUCCGAUGUCCGUCAAUUUGCAAUUGUGGGGCAGCAGGCGCGAUCACGGCGUCAACAAUUUCGGAGUGUUGGUGCCCACGGGUUUAACCGAGGCCACUCGCAGUUCUGGCACCAUCGCCUCCACCACGGUUUGUCUAGUGAUAGUGACGGAACUACCACUUCCGACUCCACUUCCGAUAACCAUACCAGUCCCGGGAUGACCUUUACCGCACCUACAUCGCCAUUAGCCAAAGUGCCACACAAUACCACCAAAGCCUCACCAAAAUGGCGGGCGACGAUUACUGCCACUGUGGUCGAUGUGCGCCGUCAACCCCGUCGGCCUUACCUCCACCGAGCUCAUGCCACUUACGCCGCUAAGACUCAUUUCCACAUUGACGGCGCCAUGGCCUACUCCCAGCACGUUGUCUGUCUCUGCCAUAUUUCUCUUCCUCCCAGUGAUGGCAUUGGCGUUGACGAUAAUCGUGUGGCUACCAUUGCCGCUAGGCUCCGUAACGAUCCCACUCACUGGCUCCUAAUUAAACCUCAAGGGCUCUGCACUUAG